AUGACUUCCUGCAGGUUCUCUGUCCUCGCUCUGCUGCUGCUCUCGGCCUACUGCUGGGCUGAAGAGGUGAGGGGAAUGGAGCACAACUUCAGGAAGAUCGCUACUCUGAACCAGGGCACCUCCUACGACUACGGCUCCGUCAUGCAGUACCACAGUUCCUGGUUCACAUCCGAGGCCCCUGAACCAUCUCCUCUGAGCCGGACGACACUGGAGCAGAUCUGGAAUCAGCAGAGGCCUGACUUACACCACUCAGACCUGCUUUAA